AUUUUCCAGCUGGAGAAGGGGACCUAUUACCGUAAACAAGAUUUGAAGCAGGUAAUUAUGCUUCCGACCUCUCCGUUGACUUGCGAAAUUCAGGAGUUCAAUAGCGAGAAGGAUAGCUUUGAGUACCUCACAGAAAUCAAUCUGGUUGCGAUGAUGCCGGGUGAAUCUUUUAUGGCAUUUGGCACGAGUCCCUUUAACCCAGAGGAGGAUUACGAAAUCACCACCUUCUCUGCGAAUCACUUCACCAUCAAGUUCACAGAACGCAGUGGCAGCAAGUCAACGAUCUACGCGGCCACGCGUGUGAUCAUUCCCCCACCCCUCACGUUUAUGCAGAAGUACGGAAUGUCGUUACUGAUGGCAGGCUUAGUGAUUAUUCAGAUGGCUUUCAGAGGAUUUACGACUGGUUUUGCUCCGGAAGAGAAGCCAAAGCAGGAGUAAAUGGGUCAAUUC